AUGUCUGAUACACCUUAUCUUCUGCGUUCGUAUCCUAGUGAUUCAACUGUUACAACUUCAUCAUUUACCCAUGGACCAUGUUUAGAACCGAUCAAAACAUUAUCAUUCCUUCAAAGUAGAGAUGAUGCAUCUUUAGAUCAUAGUGAAUGUUUCUACAAUGGUGAUGAAUUAAGACUCACUUGUAAAUUAGGUCUUAAAGAUCCUACAUUAUCACUUGAUUUAGAAAAAUAUCCAGCUGAUCGUAUUAAUGUAGUUAUCCUAUUUGUUCAAGUGUUUUCCGCAAAAAAAAUCGGAAAUCGUGUACUUGAUUUAUGUUUUUUACAUCGUUUUGGUACAUCAUUACGAGAAUUGGCUAUUUGCGGUUAUUCACCACAAAUAAUACCUAUAUCAUCAACGCUCAAUUAUCUACAUAUACUCGAUAUACCUGCAUUAGCUGUUGUAGUUGCAUCUAAAAUAGAAACAUUACUUAUUAGUGGUGUUGAUAUAUGGCAAAGCGUUGAAUUACGUCAAUUUAAAUGUUUGAAACAUUUACUUAUAAUCAAUGGUCAAGGGGCCCUUCAAAUGAAAUUCUAUCAUACUCCACUUUGUGCUGAUUGUGAAGGUGCACACCCACCAGCUGAUUUUUCAUUUCAUUACCUUAUUCCAUUAGCAACACAAUUAACGUAUUUUCUUUAUGAUUCUCCUUAUCCAUUCAAACCGUGUACAUAUGAUUUAUUGAAAAAAAUUAAAUCGACUAGUACAACUAUUGCAACAUUUAUCGUAGCUUCACAGACAUUUCAUGAUGAUUUAAAUUCACCAAUAUGUGAAACAUGUGCAAGUAGUUUAUGUCCAUUACUAGCCGUAUGUCUUGAUGAAAAUUCCAAAGAACGCCGAAAAAAAGAUGAACCAUUUGAAUGUUUAUGCGUCGAAGAACUGGAAGUUGAAGAUGAAUUCAUAUCUUGUAAACCAAUGACAAUUCAUCAACCGAUGUAUUCAACAAGAUGUAAUCAUAUUCCAUCAUUUUGGAAUUAUGUAACUCUACCCAUGAGUAUUUUAGCACUGUAUGUUUUAUUUUCAUUUGGGGUUUUUCUUAUUUCAACGAUUUUUCUAAUAAAAUUUUACUCGUAG